CAAGGUGAUUACUAUAGGGCACCCGCAUCGCGAUGCGGGGCCCUAAUAAUAAUUUUAAAUCAACGGUGGAUUUUUUUUAACCGUCCAGAAGGUCUUUUUUAUCGGCAACUUACAGUUCACCCCCUUAUUAUUUGCAAUCGGCCAGCAGAUGUCGCCUCCAUUACAUGUCAGUUGAAUGUUUGUAUUCUAUGCAUCGAAGCCUUAGCGAAACCUCGUCCUGCUUAAUGGUAAACACACGUGUGUAUUUGCUGUCUGAAGUUUUAUAACGACAACAAAACAUUUCAUCAUGUCCUUCUGCCAGGAAGACGGUAAAGACAAAUAUGUAUUUAUGACUGUAGAAGAUGCCAACAAGCCAAGUGAAUUACCUAUACCAAAAGAAAUUGAUAGACCAGAGAAUUUUAUGAAAGGCUUUCGUAAUGAUGAUGGAAGUUUGAAUUGGGAAUGUGCCUGUCGGGGAAGUAUGGUGGCUAGCCGAUGUGGUGUAGAGAUGCGGAACUUCUUUCAGUGUAUCCAUGACAACAUGGACAACGAAGAAAAAGUUGAUGCUUGUAAUGACACUUUUAUCAAAGUGAAGGAAUGUAUGGAUAGAAAUCCUAGUCAUUACAUAACAGAAGAAAGCAAUACUCCUAAUGAAGCUUCAGAGAAAAAUUCAGCAUCGGACAAAACUUCAAAAUAAUUUUACCCUCAAACAUUAUGAUACUGCAAAGUCCAGUGAGAGACUAUCAGAUUGGGUUUUGUAAGGAGUGUCUUUUUUCUAGAAUUAUAAUUUUCAGAGUAGAUUUCACUGAUACAGAAUGAAAAUAAUCAUGUGUUUGUUGAUAAAUGUUAUAUGCUUGUUAAUCGGAAUUGUUCUGACAUUCUUUCAUCUUUUUUCACUGAUUCCAGACCUACAUGGAAAAGUCAAGUAAGGUAGAGGGUUUCUGUUUACCUCUAUUUUGUUAAUUUACACCUCAAAUGACAGUCAAAUUUUCAUCUGUCAAUAUUGCUGAUUUUCUGUCGGAUAAAUUACCAGCUGAUUCCAGCUUUAUUUUUUGAUGUAUGAGUCAUAUAUUAACUGUAUGAACAGUUUUAAUUUUUUUUAUAUCUUCUGUGAGUUAAAUUUCAGAUGAGGUCAAUUUAGCAAAAUUCACUCGAUAAACCUUUUAAAAGAAAAUUCAUAUCUUGCAAAAUGUUGCGGUCAAAACAACGAAAAAGAAACCAUGAUAAUGAAUAGACUGGUAGGAUUUUAUAACUUUGUUUUAAAUUCUGUAGUAUUGUGUUAAACAGCAUGUUUCUUCAGUAUAUGUAAUAUAUGAUAUAAAGCACUUCAUUAUGUGAAUUGUAGGCAUGCUUGUGUUUUCUACACUAUAAACAUUGAUUUCUGAUUAAUUACUACACUGCUUAAUACAGUUGUCAUGGUAACAUAUAUUAAGCUGUAAAUACAGAUAUUGGAAUCACUUAAUCCUGGUAUUUAAGAAUUAUUCUACAGGGACAUAGCUGGUAUUUCAGCGUGACUUGGCUUUGAAUGUAUUCAUUCAAUGAUUACAACAUAUGCUUGAUUACAGGCAGCACAAAAAACAGACUUUUUGUAUCUUUUUUUUAGCAAACACAUAAACAGCUGUUGUGUAACACAUUAGAUACAGAUGUAGUGCAGCAGUGUAUAUUUGUUUCAGUUUCGAUCUAAUUUUCACAUAUUUCAUGAUAUCAUCAUUCUAUGAGUUGUUUAGUUUAACUAUUUAGAUAUUUAUAUAUGUAAAUUCACCUUUGAAAUAAGUGCUGAAUCUUGAGUCUACUGAGUACAUUAUAUUGUUGAGCUAUACCUGUGUAUGAAAAUUUGUAAGGGUGUAACAAGUAAUGUGAUUAAUAUUGACUGAAGGAGCAAUAAAGGAAACAAAACUGAUAUA